GCAUGUCCUCGUCCUCAAGCGACAUGCUGACACAGCUCUGAAAACGAAGAGCGCUGUUGCAGCGCAUUGCCGAAGCGCCGGAUUGCGUGGCCAUGUGUGAGGCAGUCGUCCAGUUGUGCGUCGCGCUGUCAUCUAGCGUUUUCCCGCGACGGACCCCGCGUUGGUGGAUUAAACGACGGACUGGCGGGACAUGGGAGGAUCUCCGCCUCUGUGAUGACGCGACGGACGAGUAUUACCGACAGAAGUUGCGCAUGUCGUUGGCCAUGUUCAGGCAGAUCGUUGCCGCGUGCGCCGCGUACGUGGAGAAGAAGGUGACGCACUACAGGAUGCCUUUGCCAGUGGAGCAGGUGAUCGCUUUCGCGUUGUACAGGUGGGCGUCAGGAGAGACGUACGAGAGCGGCACUUCAGCCUUCGACAUCGGCAGGGCAACUGGACUGCAGGUCGUCCGCGACGUCACUUCGGCGCUGCUGCAGGCGUACCCCGACGCUAUCAAGUGGCCAAUUGGCCGUAGACAUGCGCAGAUUCUACGCGCAUUCCGUGACAAGGGUUUCCCGAACUGCUUCGGCGCGAUCGACUGUACACACAUCUGCAUUGACAAGCCCGCCGGCGCACCUUCCGACAACUACUACGACCGCAAUUUCCGCAAACAGAAGUUCUCCGUGCAGGCGCAGAUGGUGGUGGAUUUGGAUCUGCGGAUCCUCGACGUCCACAUCGGAUACCCGGGAAGCGUGCAUGAUGUCCGCGUCCUACACAAUUCCCAGCUGUGGAGGCGUGCAGAAGCUGGCGAGCUGUUCGACGCACCUCCGGAGAAUCUGUCGCACGGUGUCGUCACGCGAGGUUACCUGCUAGGCGACAACGGUUAUCCAGUUGCCUGUCCAUGGAUCGUGCAGCUGUACGGAGGAAUCGACCAACAUCCUGACGAGGAGCGCUUCGACACGUGGCAGAAGGUGGCGCGGGGGUGUGUGGAGAGGGCAUUUGGGCGACUGAAGUGCAUGUGGCGUCUGUUUUUGCGCACCCACAAGACGAACCUGGAGACCUUGCCACAACAAUUCGUGGCAGUGUGCACUCUCCACAACAUCCUCCUCGACGCGGGGAUCGACUUCRAUGAGAACCUUUUGUGGGAGGUGGAUGAGAACGACAUUCGUCUCGCGCAUGUUUUCGUUCGCUUCUCUGCCGGGACGACAGACAGACGUGUUUUGCAAUUGUUGAUGCAAGCUGCUUAACAUUAGUAAACUGCGUAACACAAA